AUGGCUCAAGGCUGCAACUUCUACCCGGCUGGCGAGUACCUCAAGUUCGUGAGGAUACCGGAGAACCUCAGCGUUGGAGAAGAAGUCUUACAAGUUGAAGUCCAUCCCAGAAAGAACCUGGUCAUCCAAUCCGUCGACCGGGAGGAUGACGCAAAUCUCUUCACGUACAGAGACGUGAACCGAACCCACGUGUCAGUGGUUCUGGCACAGAGCGUCGAUGAUUUAGUGGACAACGAUUCUCCGCAGAACGUCGUGAAGUUCAGGAUGGGCUGUGACUUUGAUACUGGAGAUGAUCUUAUAUCUGCAUUUUUGUCAGUAACAGUUUACAUAGAAGAUAUAAAUGACAAUGUACCUGUGUUCCUGGACACGCCGUACCGUAUAACAGUGGACGAGCUCACACCUCCAGGAUUAACAAUCUUCAAAGGUAUACGAGCCUUUGACAGAGAUAAGCCAAACACACCGAACUCUGAUGUCCAAUACAGUAUCACAUCAGGGGAUGAUAAGGGACGCUUCAUCCUCGAAAGCUCCCACAAGCCAUCACUCAUAUUGAACAAACCCUUGGACUUUGAUAGCGGAGAUAAGGAGUUUCGUCUUAUUAUUACUGCUUCUGACCGUGGAUCACCGCCUCGCAGUUCCAACACCACCGUUCAUGUCAUUGUGCAAGAUAAUGAUGAUCUUCCUCCGAAGUUUACCUUUGAUGUCUAUAGGACUAGAAUACCAGAAUUUUAUCCGAUACUUGGCAAGAGAAUCCACAAGGAGUUAUCCUUCGCUCAGCCGAUCCGCGCGUUCGAUCAGGACGCGGGUGUCGCGGCGCCAGUCCGCUACGAGCUGGUGGCGGGCAACGAACGGCGCUUGUUCAUGCUCAGCGCGCUAAAUGGGACACUAUUCCUCGAAAGGGAAGUGGACCUGGACGCCGAGACCGCUCUGCCUGGUAACACCUUCGUUUUACAAAUCCAAGCAUCACAAGUGGAUAAUCCGUUGAAAGUGGCGCAAGCGCGAGUCGAAAUUGAAAUAUUGGAUUUAAAUGACAAUCUUCCAGAUUUCGAAGUGGAUUUCUACAAUAUUAGUAUUGUAGAAAAUUUGCCAAAUGGCUUCAGCGUUUUACAAGUUAUGGCAACUGAUAAAGAUCAAGGAGAUAAUGGUGAAUUUACAUAUCAGUUAAAUGAUCCAAAGGGUGCCUUUUUAAUUGAUCCACGUACUGGUUGGCUUACUGUUAGAAACCAAACUGUUUUGGAUCGGGAACAACAUUCCUCACUUCGUAUGAAAGUUUACGCUCAUGAAAAGAAUCCUAGCGUAGUGGGAACAUUUUUAGACAAACAUAGAUUCUCGAAACGCCGUCGAUCCCCCUCUACUUUAAGAACACCAUUAAAAGAUAAAACCACAUAUGUUUUUCCAGAUAGGAUUGGCUCCAGUAGUGAAAAUAUUGAAUAUUUUGAUGAAUCCCACCAGCUAAUGUCAUUUGUAACUGUAGAAGUAACUUUACUGGAUGCAAAUGAUAAUAAUCCAGUAUUUAUACCAAGUAAUUUAUAUGAAUUUACUGUUAAAUAUGACGCAGUAGUUGGUACUGAAAUCGGUAAAGUUGAAGCUAUUGAUCCGGAUUUAGGACGAAAUGGAAUGGUUCUAUACGAUUUACAAAGGACUAGUAAUUUGACGGUUACGUCUCCUUUUCAAGUAGACGCUGAAAGUGGAGUUAUAACUUUAGUCGAAUCACCAUUAUUGGAAGGAAGACAUGCUUUGUUCAUAGAAGCGUCUGAUCGUCCAGCGAAUCCUAGUGAGAGAAGAUACUCUUUGGCAGUAGUUACGGUUGAUGUUGUCAGAAGUAGUAAAGGUUCAAAAGCAGAUAAACCAGACUUUAUAGGAUCUCCAUAUGAAUUUUGGGUUGGAGCUAACGUUGGCAUAGGGACUAGUGUUGGCCAAAUCAAAGUGAACGAUGCUAUGAAAAAAAGCGAUGUUACGUAUGAUUUGCUGCAUGGAUAUGAAGAAGGAGUUCCCUUCGCAGUAGAAGAAAGAUCAGGUGUAAUAACUGUUAUAGAUGAGCUUUCAAAAUUUGAUAGACCAUUGUUCGACUUUGAAGCCGUUGCAAUGCAAGAAAAGCUGAACAUUACGAUAUCAACGAAUGCCACAGUUCAUGUUGUUGAUGUUAAUGACGAGAGAGGUGUCUUUUUGAAAGGGACUCAUUCACCGUUUGUGUUUCAUGUCAAAGAAAAUGUAGCGGGAGCUAUAAUUGGACACAUUUUUCCAGUAAAUUCAAGUUCUUUCUCAAACAAUAGUGGAAACAUUAAGUUCAUUAUUGCCAAUCAGCAGGAUGUCGCAGAUGAAAUUUCGAUAGGACCCGAUGGAACUGUAUAUGCACAAAAGCCCUUGGAUAGAGAAAAAAGAGACGUUUACAGAAUGACGGUCAUCGCGGAAUUUAGUAAAGGCGUUAUAUCUGGUGCUGGAUUGUAUCAGAUUAUUAUACACGUCGACGAUGAAAAUGAUAAUCCGCCUGUGUUUGAUAUGUCAGCUUAUGAAGGUGUUAUAACGGAAAAUUCAAAACCUGGAACAGAAGUUAAAAUGAGUAAUAGAAUACAAGCAAAGGAUUCUGAUAUUGAUCAAAAUGCGAUAUUCAUUUAUACUUUAUUUGGAGAUGGACAUGACUCGUUUAAUGUAAAUGAACAAACAGGAGUAGUAACUUACGUUGGAAGUAAAUUGGAUCGAGAAGAAAAAAGUGUAUAUUUAUUAAAAAUAGUUGCUAGAGAUAAGGGUAGUCUAAAAUCAGAAGCAAAGUUAACAAUAACGAUUUUGGAUGAAAAUGACAAUGCACCUAAAUAUAAUAAAAUAAUAAUUCCAUUGGGAGAACCAGUAGACUUACUAGAAGUCGAUGAGUAUACACCUGUAAAAAUAUACAAAGAAAAAUUGGAUAAUAAAACGGGCGUCGUGUCUAAAUUUGAAGCCAAACCUAAAAACAAAUUUUCUGUAACAGAAAACUCACCAUUAUUCUUAUUACCCGAAAACAUUUCUGUCGGAUCUACCAUACUAAAAUUAAAUGCUAUAGACAUGGAUAGUGGUGUUAACGGACAAAUACGACAUGAAUUUGUUUCAGAAGUAUUUUUACCUCCUUACGCAAUGCCUGCAAAUGCAUUGCAAGUCAAAAGGUAUUUUGUGAUCAAUGAAAGACACGGCCAUAUUGUAGUUGCAAGGGCUUUACCACCAGAAUCAGAGUUCCGAUUGAAUAUUUCAGCACUAGACGGGGGAGAAUUAAGUGACUAUUUAACUAUCAGAUUGUUUGUUAAAGAUGUUAACGACCAUUUUCCAAUGUUUAAAAAAUCAUGGUAUAACUUUAAUGUUGAAGAGGCUCAAUAUAGUCGUAGGAUUCUUGGAAAAGUUGAUGCUACAGACGCUGAUUUUGGCCAAAACGCCAAUUUAACAUAUUUCCUUCAACCAUCUAGUAAGGAUAUUCCAUUUGAAAUAUCUUCAUUAAACGGAGUGCUAAGCGUUAAUGGUGUUCUUGAUAGAGAAAAAGAAGAUAAAUAUACUUUAACAGUUGUAGCACGUGAUAAUGGUCAAGAUAAAAAGCUAUCAUCUUCAGUGAGUGUAGAAAUUCAAGUACUAGAUGUUAAUGAUAACGCUCCUAAGUUUUUCGCUUACGAUGAGUUAUUAGAGUGGAAACAUCCAGAAGCGGAUGAACUAUCAAAUCACAAUUUUGAGUCAGUUAUGAUGAUGCCAAUUUAUAAAGCGGCUGUGGAAGAAAAUGCUCCUAUCGGUACAGUGAUAACAAGAGUUUAUGCAAAUGAUUCAGACUUUGUUGGCAACGGAAACGGAUUAAUUCUUUACAGCCUACCACAACGGAAAAAUCAAAUUAAUAUGUUUACUAUCGAUUCAAAGGAAGGUAUACUGACAACAACAGGAAGAUUAGAUUAUGAGAGUCAAAAGGUACAUAAUGUAACAGUAGUCGCUUCGGAUUUAGGAUCACCAAGCUUGAGCUCUACUGCUAUAGUUAUGUUAACUGUGAAAGAUAUUCCGGACGAAAUAGAAGUAUCAGACAAACCUGUUUUCAUUUCAAGAUAUUAUGAAUUAGAAAUAGAAGAAAAUGUACACACACCAGUGGAAUUAGUUACUCUUAAUUUGACUGAGCAUUACGAAAACUUCAAAAUGAAAUAUUUCAUUUUAAAUGAAAAUGAUACUGAUGUCAAGAAAACUUUUGUUAUUGAUCCGCGAAAUGGAACAUUAUAUUUAAUAAGAAGUCCAGAUAGAGAAGCCAAAGAUGUCUAUGAGAUAAUUGUUCGGGCGGAGAGACAAAAAAUCAGCAGAGAACUUCCGCAUAUGAUUUAUCCUGUCGCUGACGAUGUUUUAGAAGGAAUGUCAAAGUACGAUGUUAAAGUCGUAGUCAGGAUAAAGGAUGUUAAUGACAAUGCACCUAAAUUUUUAAACGGCGGUAGACCUAUGGUAACGGCUAUACCCACAACUGCUCCGUUUGGUUACGAAGUUCUACAGUUACAAGCAACAGAUGCAGAUAUUGGCAUCAACGCAGAUAUUCGCUACCAAGUAAUUAAUUCAGAAGGAGCAAGGUUUAGUGUAGAUCCGGUGACCGGACGAGUGAAAGUAGCGGGCAGUUUCUUGAGAGACGCCGGACGAGUCAUAGGCUUUGAUGUUAAAGCAACUGACCGUCGUGGUGCUGAUGACGGUCGAUCUGCUAUUGUCAAUGUAUUUGUGUACGUGUUAAAUGAGAACAAACAACUGGUGAUGGUACUCGGCGGUAAACCAGUUGAAGUUGAAAAAGCAGUGGACAAUAUUACCAGACUUCUCUCGAACAUGACUGGUUUUGAUAUUCGUGUAAGAAGACUUGAAACUAGCUCUAAGGGAGCGAUGGAUGGCUACGCAACUAAUAUGUACAUUUAUGCUGUCGAUCCAAUGUCGAAUUCCAUUGUUGACAUGGAAGUACUUCAAAAAUCAUUAACGAAAAGAGAAUCAUUUCUACGACAUAAUUUAGCUGGUUUUAAAGUAUUGGAAGUAGGGGAUACAAGUAUGGUUCAAGCGAGAAGCGGUCAGAUGUUGAGCACUAUGGAAAUAAGUGUGGUAGCUUUGGGGUGCCUUGUCUUUAUAGGAGCUUGUACGACGGCCAUAUGCAUAUUGUGUGUCAGAAAGACAAGAAGAAACCGCAAACCAUUUUCCCAACAACGUCUUAACGCUUUCUCAACUGAGCACCUAACUAAAUAUGGAGGCCUAUUUCCAUCUGGAGGUAAUCAAUGUCAAGAAUUAAAUCAAUCAUACUCUGAAGCUGAUUCUUACAUUGACGUUAUCAACCAAAGUACGUUGAAGAAAUCUUGUCCUCACAACGCUGUGGAAGAAUUUGGAAAAGCCCACCAGAAAUGUACAAAGGGACAGUUCGCUGAUGUCAAUGGCAAAGAGAAACACGAGAGGAUGUGCAUUAAAUUCAACCAACGAUCGAUGCAGAAGAGGAAAGGUCACACAUCGAUAACGUCAGUGAAUUCCAGUGGCCAGGACUCCGGCAUCGCCGACGCGCGCUGUCCCUGCGGGCAGUCCACUACGCAUACUUCUGAGGAGAGCAGCGGGUGUAGCUACGAAGAUUCCUUAAAAUCCAACAAUAAUCAAGAAAGAAAAUCAUUCCGCAUGAACCAAGAUAACAGAUUUAUCAGACGCGCUUCGUUCAAUCAUCAACCCAUGGACACUAGACGUUACAACCCAAGGCGACAGUCGUUCUCAGAAAAUUUACAAAGACAUUUCCCAUCUUUCGAAAGAAUCGGAUCAGGAAACAGAAUAUCCAGACAGGUGUCCACACCGAAUGUGAACACACAGCCUUCAUAUUUCUUAAAUAAUAAAAAGAAUUACAGAAAGAACGAGGUCAUUAAUGAACCAAUGAUUGACUACGAUCACAGCGAAGUAGACGAUGUUUUUGAUACGAGACUAGAUAGACGAUUGAGUAGUAAAAAUAAUAGAAAAAAAAGUUUCAUGGAUAUGGGUCAACCGACCGUAUUUGUAGCGACUCCAGCCACAGCUGAAAUGAUAAGGAGACAAGGCAGCGAGAGGAUUAUGUUCGCAAGACCUUUAUAGCAGCAAGAAUAACGAAAAAUCUUGCAAUAACGGUCUUUAAUUCAUGAAGUAUUAGGAUUGGAUUUGAAAAAUAAUACGUACCUACCGAUGUAAAUACAUGUUUAGGAUAUGACGUCGUUAAAGUUGUAAAUAUUUUGUGAUAUAUUUUAGUAAUAGUUACUGUAUUUAUGUAAAUAUAUAAUUUAGGUAGACGUGUACCACGUGAUAGGAAUUGAUGUAACAAUGGAAGUAUCCUCGUGUACUUAUCUAUAUUUUCGUAAUAUCAAAACCGAUGAUAUUGUUUGCGGUUGUGCCAUUCGGAAGCGCUUUUUAUCAUCGAAACAUUACCACCUUUCUAGUUUGUAUUAUUUCAUUUUACCCUCAUUCUAAACUGUAAAUUAACUUAAUUAUUAAGUGUAAAAAUAAACACAAUUGUAACA